AUGCGAAGCGGGACGAUGACCAGCUUUAAAACCUGUAAUCCAGAUUUAGGAAAUGGAGAACUUCUCGGUUUUUGCACGGACAUCGGAGUAUGCUGUGAAGGGCCAUACGAAGAACCUGUCGUUUGCCCGGACGGUGUGCACCCGCUCUUCAUAGAGCCGGCGUGCCACCGUGGAGAUUCCGGAUGCUUCGAGUGCCCACAGAACAUCGCAAACUGUACUUGUGCUUAUGAAUACCUUCCUCGUAGCUAUUCAUCAGCGUACACGAAAUGCGAAAUGUAUAUAGGGCAAAAUACCUGCAAACAUUGCAGUGAUCUAUCGGGAAAGUUAAGCGAACCUGAAAGUGUCGAAGAAGUGGAACUACUCGGCUCGAUCGCUAAAGAUGGCUGGGACUACUGUCUUGGAAUCAAAGAGUGGGGUGAUGGAUUUGCUCAGGUUAAUCAUUUCAAAGAAAAUCCAAUUUACGACUUCUACUGGUCAUUAUGGGAUAAGACCUAUUCACCUGGACCGCCAGAACAACGCAUAAUUAUGACGAAAAACAAACUUCUCAAAAGUUUGGAGUAUUGCCUCAAGAUUCUGGAAAUGAUGCUUCGGAAUCUUGACUGA